AGGAGGGUCAUGGUAUGAAGGUGGAAAGUCUCGCUUUGUGCAGAAAAUGAAAGUCUGCUCUGGCGCUCUGCGUUGCAAGAGCUGUUCUCUCAAAGCUAAUAAAGACAUACGUGAUUUUCCAUCAUGCACGGACAGUCCACGAAGACCUCACUCUUUUCACCAAAAGACGGCCUCUUGAUGCACGUAACCAUCGAAAACAACUUCGACAGAGGCAUGCUCACCAUCGUGCCCGAUCUCCCAGACCAUCCUCCCCUCAUUACCUUGCUGACUGGGUCAAAAUUCCUGUCAGAGAAUACAAGGUACGGAUCAUUGAUCUCAAGUGGGAGAAACUCGACGACCCUAUCGGCGUCACGGAGGUGAAAUGGAAGCAGCUGGCUGUCUGAUACUUCAUUAC